AUGUCGACGGCUUUGCACAAGAGGCUCUCCAUUAGCAGCCACAGGAGCCAGAGCCCAGGACUUUCGCGUAGCCCCACCAUAUUCGCGAACGCGUCUAAUGCGGAUGCGGAGGAAUGGAUCAAUGCAUGGGCGCAGGUGUCUGCUAAAGAUCUCGUCGACUCGCCAGUCGUUUCUGUGCCGCCGGAUUGUAGCGUCGAGGAUGCGUGCGAGAAACUGCUCUCUGAGAGCUUGAUGUGCCUCGCGGUGGAGUCCCGCGCAGGCAACUCCAAUGCACCCUACUCUGGCUUGUUUGAUGUUCGCUGGGCCGACGUCAAUGCAUUCCUGACCUUGGCAGCUACCCGACAUACACUAUCACCGGACGAACUCCGAGAAAAGCCAAUCCUCGGGCGCAUACUGACUGCCGCUAAGGCAGGACAUGUCCCGGUGGACUUGGUCAGCAACCUAUCGGAGAAGAACGCUCUGGAAACAUUACCCCAAGAUGCAAACCUCAUUUCCCUUCUUGGAAUAUUCUCCGGAGGAUGCCAUAGGGUUCUAAUCUACGGUGACGAUUCGUCCAAGCCUUGGAUUGGUUUCGUAUCCGACCGCAAAGUGCUUUCCUAUCUUGGCGAACACGCCAAACGAACGCGUUCCUUGCAAGCGUAUUUCGAGAACCCGCUGAACCGAUUAGCGCUUCCUUCGCUGAAUUUAUUCGCGUCCAUUGUCGCGACUACGGCGGAUUCCACAACGCUCGAAGCGAUGAAGCUCAUGAAUGACGAAGGCGUGAGCAGCGUCGCGGUCCUCGAGGAAGUCAAUGGGACGCUCCUGAGCGCUAUCGUAGUUCCAUCACAGAGUAAUGAGAUCCUGACGAUGCCCUUGAGGCGAUUGAUCACCAUGAUCAGGAGCCCGCUAGGAUCGACCGACGGAGAGGAACGAUAUCCAGUAUACAGUGUCACGCCCUCGAGCACCCUCUCCUAUACCGUGCAGAAGCUUAUCGCGACCGAUGCGCAUAGACUAUUUGUAACGAGUGAUGCGUCCAGCUCACCAUCAACUCUCACGUCGCCGAACGCCUCUGGUCAUUUGACCGGCGUCGUGUCCAUCAUCGACAGUGAGAACCCCCGCAUCUGUCGGAUUCUACUGUCUCUCUUCGGACGCAUCGCCAAUAUCCCGGACGUUGACCCGACGCGUCUGCAACGCCAUCGCCGCAUGUCGUCCUCGUCUUCGCGCUCGUCCCGCUCUUCGCGGUCUACAGGAGAUUUUGAUCCGCGCCGUUCGCGAUCAGGCAGUCGCACGAGCGACCCGCGUAUUGCAUAUGGCAGCCCCGUGGCUCGUUCACCGGUGACGCUCGGCCUCGCUGGGAAUAGGAACUCGGUCGGAAGCAUGAAUCUUGGGGAUUAA